AUGCACGAAAUUGCGGGCUUUGGUCGUUGCGCAUGUCUUUUGCAGGCGUUUCAAGAAGGAAUCUACCAAGAGACUAAGGACAACGAGGAAUGCGGUCGGAAGGAAGUGUUUUUCUAUCAGGCUGACAACGGACAGUAUGUUCCACGUGCCAUUCUGAUUGAUCUCGAACCGAGAGUAAUCAACGCCGUGUUAAACUCCGAGUACGCCGAACUUUACAAUCGCGAAAACAUUUGCAUAUCAAAAGACGGUGGAGGUGCCGGCAAUAUCUGGACAGAGGGCUACUCACAGGGUAAUCAUGUUUGCGACGACGUGUUCGACAUUCUUGACAGGGAAGUGGAUAAUUGUGACAACAUGGAGGGUUUCAUUUUGUGUCAUUCGAUCGCUGGCGGUACUGGAUCUGGUCUCAGUUCUUUUUUUCUUGAACACAUUCAUGACAGGUAUUUCGCGACAUUUGAUUGCUGUUUACGUGUAUUAUUCUCAAUAACUCGUGGACACAUCAUCUUUGUUCUUCGGUCUAAAAAUGAAUAAGU